UGUUAUCACAGAAGAAACAACGAUGAAUCCUUCACUGUACAAUCCACUUGUUUUGUUAAUUGUCAUCUUCCUAGCUCCAGCGUAUCCCGGAGCUAAAAUUAUUGGAGGUCAUGAAGUCAAACUGCAUUCAAGACCUUAUAUGGUAUCUCUCCAACAACUUAGCGGGAACAGUAAAUAUGUUCACUACUGCGGAGGUGCUUUGAUCAGACCAAACUGGGUACUAACUGCAGCACACUGUGAAAUAACAAUCGCACCAGGCCAGUUUCUUCAAGCAGUUCUUGGAGUUCAUUCUCUUUCACAGAAUGAGAGAAGUGAACAAAAACGACGCAUCAUCAGACAGUUUCCCUAUCCAAAAUACAUCGAUUUCAAAAAGGGAAACGAUAUCAUGCUGCUGGAACUCGAGACUGAUGCAAAAAUCAACCAGGAUGUGAAAAUACUCAACCUACCAAAAGAUGGAAUUACUGACAUGAAAUCUGGAACAAUGUGCACCGUGGCAGGAUGGGGAGAAACAAGGAAACACAAAUACUCUGACACACUUCAAGAGGUGAAGGUCAAGGUAAUCGAUCGCAGAAAAUGCAACAGCAAUCAGCGUCCUAAAUUAACCAAGGACAUGAUCUGUGUUGGUGACAGCAAAGGCAGUGGGAAUGCUUGUAAGGGUGAUUCAGGCGGCCCUUUGAUAUGCAACAAAAUGUAUACUGGGAUUGUGUCCUUUGGCAAAAAAAACUGUGCAACAUCCAAAAAGCCUGGGGUGUACACUUUACUAACAAAGAAAUACAUUGAUUGGAUUCAGAAUACGACUGGUGUGCAAGGUUACAAUGUGACUUCUGAUGAGCUGUACUGAGUUACAAUUGGAUACAAUUGGUUGUCCGCUGAAGAAUGCUGAAGAGCUGUACUGAGUUAUCACAAUCCUGCUUCACUCUGCUUUACUUACACUGAUGCUCAGUUAAUUGGCCUAGAGGGCCGGCUUGCCUCUAUCCUUACCUUUUCUGUUUUGCAUAAAAUGUUACAGCAACGUGCAAUAAAAAAC